UGUAAUAAUCGCACGCUCCGUUUAUUCUAGUGCACACUAGGAUCCUCACGCUCGUGACCCGGCCAGAGUGAUGUCAUCGUCAAUACAGUGAACCGUGCUUAAGAAUUUUCACCCCGCGUCAGUGCUGCUCAGCGCGGCCUCCAUGAGAGCAAACUCCAGGACUGCGGCGCUGAUGGCUGUUGCGGUCAGGACUGCACCAAGCUCCCUUCAACAUCACAGCUGCGACCCCUGCGCUCAGACAAGCGGCAAAACCCGCGCUUCUUUACAGCAACAUUCUAUAUGGAAUAUCUGUCAUCUUAACGGAAAUUCAAACUCCUGAUUUGACUGACAGCCAGUCGUUGUGCAUCGCCGAUCAUCUGCGCCCUUUUAGGACUUUUUUGGUUAGUGUCUACCCUUGAAAAUCGGUGAAAUCCGUUUUACUCGGUGCCUGUGCUCGCUUCUCCUCGCGCUUACCGGAGACUGUCCGCGCGCUGCUCACCCGGAGGCCACAAGUGCCUGUUUUUUCCCGCUAGAUUCACCAUUGAUGGAAGCUGAUGCCCUGUUGCCUUUCCUCGACCGUGUCUACCUUUGCUACCGCUGUUUCUUCUUUAGUAACGCGACUAGGCCCGCGAGCCCCCCUAAACAUCUCAUAAUGACUCUUUGAUGGAUAAAAUGACAAGAGCGAAUCAUUUAUAUCGUGUUUUGGUCUUUUGGGUGUUGGCGUUUCGACUUUGCUGUGUGUUUUAAUCUUCUUUGGAACCGACACCCGGGUGCGCGAGGAGGGCAGCUGUCUCGAGAGCAAUAAACGCCCGUUAUCUUAAGGGUUCGCGCGCGCUUCUCUCUCAGGAUGGCAAAUGAACCCGUUAUUCUUAAUGUGUAUGACAUGUACUGGAUAAAUGAAUACACCUCCACUCUGGGCAUUGGAGUCUUCCACUCAGGAAUAGAGAUUUACGGCAGAGAGUUUGCAUAUGGUGGCCAUCCGUAUCCCUUUAGUGGCAUUUUUGAGAUCAACCCUGGAAAUGCCUCAGAACUGGGGGAGACUUUCAAAUUCAAAGAGGCUAUAGCUCUGGGUACGACAGACUUUGUAGAGGAGGACAUUGAUAAAAUAAUGGAGGAGCUUGGAAAGGAGUUCAAGGGGAACUCCUACCACCUGAUGCACAAAAACUGUAACCAUUUUUCUUCUUCGCUGUCUGAGUUGCUGUGUGGUAGAGAGAUCCCACGCUGGGUCAAUCGAUUGGCAUAUUUAAGCUCCUGUAUUCCAUUUCUGCAGAGUUGUCUGCCUAAAGAGUGGCUCACACCCGCCGCGCUCCAGUGCCAUAUCAGCAUGGGCCUUCGGAAGGAGAACACACACUCACACACACACGAUUCCAGUUACGAUGAGCCCUCGUCUGCCACAGAGGCGGCCGCUGGAUCAUCACACAGCUGCAGGCACACCCGCGUGUGAUCUUACAUAUAUAUUUAGACGCAGUUUUACACUAAUUUGAACACACAUACACUCCAACCUCUGAUCCUGCUGCUACAGCGCCUCCUGCUGGACUGGAUGAAUGCCAGACCUCAUGGCCUAUCUGAAUGAGGAAAUCAAAGUCAUGUUUUUCAGUAGAGCCUACAGGGAUUUAAAAACCUUGCAAUGGUACUCUUAAAGUUUUAGAAUUGUUUGAUUUUUACUCAGAUUUUAGGGAAAUGAAAACAGUGUUUGCCAUUUAGUGUUCUCUCUCAAGUUCUCUCAAGUGCAUAGGACAAUAUGAAUGAUGGGCGAUCAUGGUGGACUACUGGCCCCCUGCUGGUGUGUGAUAGCACUACAGGCCCUUUCCUCAUAAAUCCUGAACUUUCAUCUGGAUCUGAAUGUUCUCCAGAUUUAGCCAAUUUUGUUGUGUUAUAAAUUAUUUUCUAUUUUGUGAUGGAAUAAGUGUGUCAUCUGAAGAGGAACUUACAUUCCUUUAACCAUACUUUUUUCCUCAGUGACUUAUAUAUAGUAAUAUUAAUCUGCUUUAAUGUAAUUAUAUGAUGUCAAACUAAUGUCAUCUUUGGUUUACAUUAAUUUUAUUUCUAGCUCUUGUUUUUUUUUUAAUAUAUUUUAGUUCAAGGUUUUCAAUGAAUUUACCCUAAAAAGUCGAUGGCACCAUGUGUCUCAGACAUACUGACAACAGUUGGAAAUUGCAGCCUUAUAACUGUAAGCCAUUGAUAUGCUGGACUCAACUGAAACAAAAGACCCCUGUUGUUCAGUCGUUGAGGACGCAAAGGGGGCAUUUGUGAGCAUGAUGUUGAGGGGAUGGGUAGGAUCGAGUGAGGGGUCUGCACAUCAGGUCUGGUAUCAGUAGUACUGUAUGACAGUGUUGUGAUUAAAUGCAAUGUCUGAGUGAUUAAGAGAAAGGGAGUGUUGCAAAGGUGUUAAUGGUCAUUUCUCUUUACUUUAGUAAAUUUGGUUUCUGGCUUUUAAAAGUGCAGACUGAAAAGAGUAAUGUUGUUAAAAUGAGCCAUCCACACCUCACUAUAUUACCUUUGCACAAAUUUUUGGGCUGAUUUUCAGUCUGGAGUAGUUGAUGGUAAUUGCUAAAAGUCAGAGCCAGAUUUCACAGAAAAUUGAUUUAUGUAUGAUGGUCACAAACUUGAUUUUUUUUUGCUUCAGACUAUGAUUCCAUCCAUUCGGAGGAUCAAACAUGUUUGAGUUGCAUUCAGCAUGACUUGUAAUUGUGUCAUACUUAAUUGUUUAGUGAAGGAUGCCCAGUUUUUCUCUGUAAGCAUUUACAAAGUCAGCAAGCAUAUAAUGCCUAGUGUUUUAAAAAUCUGUUCAGAUUUUAAAAGUUGUGAAAUGUAUUCCAGCCUCAACAGUAACUUAAGGCCACAACUAAAGGUUGUAAGGUCUUUCCACAGUCUUCAGGCAAUAGACCUUAGUAAAGGUAGACACCAGAUCUAAUUUUUCACAAAUGAAAAUAAAACUGGGAGAGAUGUACAGAUUAUUCAGUAGGUUGAAUGUCUUAUGGUCCUAUGGCAAUUUUCUAUUGUUUUACCCACAGAUGUCAUUAGAAAAGCAUAUUUUCAGUAUUUUGUCAGUUGAUAGAUCAACAGCAAAGUUAAAAAUAUUUCAAUGUCUGUUCAUUUGUAAAAUAUUAAUUAUGGUGUAUACCCUGACUAUGGUCCAUAUCAGUAAAUGAUACAUCUCGCAGUAUUAUUUUGACCUUCUGGACCAUUUUGCCUGUCAGACACAUCUCUAGAAGCUCAUCCUGUCCUCUGUUUCAGGAUGGCAUGGCAUUGUAGGUGGCAACGGGUGUUUCAUGAGUCAAAUCUAUAGGAAAUAUGUUUUUGGCAACAUAUUUAUAAAACUGAAUUUUAUAUUUGGAAUAUGAUUUUAUUUACUGUUAUUUUUUCAAAGAUAUUAUCAACCUGUGGAGCCCAAUUCUUAUGAUGCAAUUUUUGUUUUAUUUAGUCCACAACUGAGAUCUUUUACUAGUUAAGCGAAGACCCGUUUUGUAGGCAUUACCCACUGAUGCCAUUUCUAGCCUUGAUUAGUACUUCUUGUUUUGAUGUGAUUGAUAAUUUCAGACAUUU